AUUCUGUAUAAAUUCCUUUAACAUUGCCAUUUAUUCUUUCUCUUUUACAGUGUAAUUUAUAUGUAUCCUUUAUUUCUAGAAAAUAACUUAUCAAGUCUACGAAAUUUCAUUGGUAUACACAAGUUAAUACUAAAAAGAAAGUCAUCCGUAUUGACUGAAACUUUACGGUGAAGUACAAUGAACAGUUCCAGGACAAUUGAUAUUAUUUCCAAUCUGACUCAGAAAGUUUCACCUGCUAGUUCUGAUGUUAGUGAUGACGUUUAUAUGGUAAUUCUAUUUGUCACCAAUAUUAUUAUAGCAAAUAUUCUUUCUCUAUUGGGAAUAUUAGGAAGCAUACUUAAUAUAAUCAUUUUAUCUUAUCAUAAAAUGCAGGACACAACUAAUAUAGUACUGUUAUUUAUUUCUAUUUGUGAUUUAAUUUAUUCUAUUACACAAAUAUCAUUUAUUUUGUCUGAGUCUGCAUUUUUUAUUCACUGGUAUAUUUAUCAAUGGGUUUUUAUAACAAACAACCUAAUUUUUAGUAGAUUUAAUUUUUUGGCAGUUAUUGCUAGUAUCCAUUUAGUGACGUUAGUUUCUAUUGAAAGAAUGGUUGCUAUAUGCUUUCCAUUUCAUGUUUCCAGAGUUUUUACUUUAUUUCGAAUGAAAUGUAUUAUCGUUGGAAUAGUUUUUUGUAACAUUAUUUUACAAACUCCUUCUUUUUUCAGUUAUGAAAUGUAUUAUAUUCAAUACAAAAACGUAACAAUACCAGUUCUAAGAUAUGGAGAUUUAUAUUAUCGAAACUUUGACUUUUUAAAUAAAUAUUCCAUUAUAACAUCAAUUUUAUUCUUAACUUUACUACCCUUCUGUGUUAUUUUUAUAUGUACAAGUCUUACAAUUUUUAAUAUUUCUAUGACAUCAAAAACUAAAGCCUCAAUAUUUUCAAAAGAAGCUAUCGCUAAACGUAAAAAAGAAAUGAAAUCGGUUAAAAUUGUUUUAAUUAUUUGUGUUUUAAUUUUGUUUCUUGUUUUAAUUCCAUUUUUCGUUCAACAAAUACUCUUUACAUUUGCUUUAGUUCAGAUAUCUAAAAAACAAUUUAAGAUACUAUUCUGGAUUGUAAAUCUACUUGCUCAGAUAAACUCUUCUUUUAAUUUUGUUAUUUACGUUACAAGCUUUUCUUCUGAAAGAGUUGUUCUCCUGUCCUCUGCAAUUUGUGCGCCAGUUUUCACGGCGCGACAACAUGAUGCUCUAUCAUGUGCUUCCAUCUACCAGUUGCAAGGGUCAAUGCUGAAGGCUUUCAAAUAG